GGCCGGCAGAGGGCGCAGGCGCGGAAUUUCCUGUCAGCACUGACGGACUCCGAUAAAAUGGCGUCGACCUAGAAGACAGCCCGUGAUAGAGGAGUCCGUGAAGUAUGUGACGGGUCAUGUCCUUACGAAUCCCCCCAGCGGCUCUCAGCCUCAAACAGUUCCUGGUCAGGCAGCAGGUGCUGGGUCUCUACAGAAGGAUCCUCCGCGCUGUGCGUCAAAUCCCCGACCCUGCAGACCGCAGCUACAUGAGGGACUGGGCCAGGGGGGAGUUCAAGAGGAACAAGACGGCCAGUGAUGAGAUCACCAUACGGAUGAUGAUAACGCAGGGUGAACGGCAGGUGCAGACGAUGGAGCAGUCUCUACAGCUGGCCAAGUCUUAGACCGGUGCGAUACUGCGAGAGCCACCAUCAUAUGGGAGACAUCACGGAGCAGAGAACGGACUCUUCCCUGCGAUGACCCCACAUGUGUGGACCUUGCCUUGACCUGUAUGUACUCGUGCCUCACCAGUGCCGACAGGUCACCUACCUGUCCACGGAUGAACAUGUCCUCCAGAUCCUUCUCCUGUGCUUCUGUCCACGCAUGAACAUGUCCUCCAGAUCCUUCUCCUGUGCUUCUGUCCACGCAUGAACAUGUCCUCCAGAUCCUUCUCCUGUGCAUCUUUCCUCCAGACGUAAAGCUUCUGCUGCAGAGAGAUGUUUUAUUUUGUUUGUUUUCUUACAUUGUCAUCAUCCUUGUAGCAGGAAUAAGUUUAUACAUUA